AUGUUGCGCACCGCGACGAUCUCACUAUUGGCGGCGCUGUCAUCUCUCCUGAGCGUCGCCGCCGCCGCUCAUGCUCCGCGGCCGCCCACUCCGUCGAGGAUCAAGCUUACGCAGAACUUCCGCGAGGCAGCGGCGCUCUCCGCCAAGCUUGCGGACCCCGCGACGCCGCAGCAGCGCAAAAAGGUGGCCGUCAUCGGCGGCGGCCUGUCUGGCCUCGCGUGCGCCAAGUACCUCUCCGACGCCGGCCACACGCCGCUCGUCCUCGAGGCGCGCGACGUGCUCGGCGGCAAGGUGUCCGCAUGGCAGGACGCCGACGGCGACAUGAUCGAGACGGGCCUGCACAUCUUUUUUGGCGCGUACCCAAACAUGAUGAACCUCUUCCAGGAGCUCGGCAUCGAGGACCGGCUGCAGUGGAAGGCGCACCGCAUGACGUUUGCCAUGCCGCAGCUGCCCGGCGAGUUCACCUCGUUCGACUUCCCAGACGGUGUGCCCGCGCCGCUCAACAUGGCGGCGGCCAUCCUGGGCAACACAGAGAUGCUCUCGCUCCUCGACAAGGUGCGGAUGGUGCCCGGCCUGCUGCCGAUGCUGCUCGAGGGCCAGCCGUUCAUCGACGCGCAGGACGAGCUGAGCGUCAAGGAGUUCAUGGACAAGUACGGCAUGCCGGAGACGGUCAACGAGGAGAUCUUCAUCGCGAUGGCAAAGGCGCUCUACCACACCGCCCAUAGUCCUGAACCCACACUGGACUCGGCAGCGCUCGACUUCAUGGACCCCGACCGCAUGUCGAUGGCGGUGGUGCUCACCGCGAUGAAUCGCUUCAUCAACGAGGCGGACGGCUCGCAGACCGCAUUCCUCGACGGCGGCCAGCCGGAGCGCCUCUGCGCGCCGGUGGUGGAUCACGUCCUCUCCCGCGGCGGCGAGGUGCGGCUCGGCGCGCCGCUCGCCGCUAUCGAGGUUGGCGACGACGGGCAGGUUGCCUGCCUGCGGCUUGCGGAUGGCUCUUCUGUGGAGGCGGACGUGUACGUCUCCGCCGUGCCGGUGGACGUCUUCAAGAAGCUCCUGCCCGCCUCGUGGUCGACGAUGCCCUUCUUCCGCCAGACCGAGGAGCUGAUCGGCAUCCCGGUCAUCAACGUGCAGCUCUGGUUCGACAAGAAGCUCCGCUCGGUGGACGGGCUCUGCUUCUCGCGCUCGCCGCUCCUGUCUGUGUACGCCGACAUGAGCACUUGUGUCGAAGAGUACGCCGACGCGGACAGGUCGAUGCUCGAGCUCGUCUUUGCGCCUGCGACGCGCGAGGUCGGCGCGGACAGGAACUGGAUCGGCGCGUCGGACGCGGAGGUGGUCGCCGCGUGCUUGGGCGAGCUGAGCAGGCUCUUCCCGGGCGAGAUUGGCGGCGAGGGCGGCGCUGAGCUGCUCAAGCACGCCGUCGUCCGCACGCCGCGCUCCGUGUACGCCGCCACGCCCGGCCGCAACCGCUACCGGCCGAGCCAGGCGACCCAGGCGACGCCCGUCCCCAACUUUGUGCUCGCGGGCGACUGGACAAGCCAAAAGUUCCUCGGCUCGAUGGAGGGGGCGGUGCUGGCGGGCAAGCUCGCGGCCGAGGUCAUCGCCGACCGCGCCGCCGGCCGCGCCGCCGCGACGUCGCAGACGCUCAAGCCCGUGCACGAGGAGGUGGUCGCCGCGGCCGAGGGCGCCGCCCCGCGCGAGCCAGUGGGCGUGCGCGGGCGGCACCCAAUUGCCUUUGGCGGCGGGCAGCAGGGCUUGGGAGAGACGAAGUUUGAGCACGCGUGA